GGGCAUUUUACCGCAGCAGAACUGAACCGAUCCGAUCCAGAAAGGCAGUGACCUCUGAUUCGGAGUGAGAGAAGAUCUGGAUCCGGAUCCGACAUGCAGUGGUCCGCACUGACUCUGGUUCUGGCGUUCUCCUCGGCCACCUUGGCUCUGGAUAACGGUCUGAUGAGGACCCCUCCCAUGGGCUGGUUGGCAUGGGAACGCUUCCGCUGUGACAUCGACUGUGAGGACGACCCGCAGAACUGCAUCAGCGAGGCGCUGUUCACAGACAUGGCUGACAGACUGUCGGAGGACGGUUGGAGAGAGCUGGGUUACGUCUACAUCAACAUCGACGACUGCUGGUCCUCCAAAGAGAGAGACAAUCAGGGCCGCCUGCAGGCCGACCCCAAACGGUUUCCACAUGGCAUUCCUCGUUUGUCGCGUUACAUCCAUGAUCGUGGGUUAAAGCUGGGCAUUUAUGGAGACAUGGGCACACACACGUGUGGCGGAUAUCCCGGAACAACUCUGGAUAAAGUGCAGACGGACGCCCAGACGUUUGCGGACUGGGAAAUCGACAUGCUCAAGCUGGACGGGUGUUACUCAAACUCCACCUAUCAGGAGCAAGGAUAUCCAAUGAUGUCGAAGGCCCUGAACGCUACGGGCCGUCCCAUUGGCUACUCCUGCAGUUGGCCCGCCUACCAGGGCGGCCUCCCUCCUAAAGUGAACUACACACUGCUGGGUCAGAUCUGUAACCUGUGGCGGAACUACGCGGACAUCCAGGACUCGUGGGAUAGUGUACUGGGAAUCGUGGACUGGUUCUUUAACAAUCAGGACGUUCUGCAACCCGUGGCCGGACCGGGCCAGUGGAACGACCCCGACAUGUUGCUGAUUGGAGACUUCGGCCUCAGCCUGGACCAAUCGCGCGCUCAGAUGGCGCUGUGGGCGAUCAUGGCCGCGCCUCUCUUCAUGUCCAACGACCUGCGUACGAUUAGCAGCGCCGCUCGCGCAAUCCUGCAGAAUAAAGUCGCCAUCGCCAUCAAUCAGGACCCGUUGGGUGUCCAGGGCAGACGCCUGUUCAAGGAGAAGAGUGGGAUUGAGGUGUACCUUCGGCCUCUCUCUAAAGGAGCCAGCGCUCUGGUGUUCUUCAGCCGGAGGACAGAUAUGCCGAAUCGAUACAUGACAUCUCUGAAGACGCUGGGAUACACUCCUGGAGUCUAUGAGGUGCUUGAUGUGUUUUCGGAGAAGCGUUUUCCCGAGCUGAAGGACAGCACAGAGUUCGUUGUGUCAGUCAACCCGUCUGGCGUGGUCAUGUGGUACAUCUAUCCAGCAGCUGAUUGGUGGAAAGGGGCGGAGACUAGUCGUUUCAGCGAGAAGCUGAUAGGUCCGAAGAUCCAUCGAUAUGCUAAUGAGGCCGACGCCCCUCUAUAGUGCUUUGAUUGUUUUUGGAAAGGAAAUUAACUACGCACUCAGGGAUCUUUAGCCAAUCAAACGUGCCUCGCUCGAUUUUUUUUUUAAAUGUAAAUUUUUUUAAGGCCUGUUUCUACUAAAUGUCUAUUGAAUGAGUUUCCAUUUAUGUUUUAGCAUUGACUUUAAUAAGACGCCUAACGCUAGCAUCUCAUUUGUGCAAAUUCACAUUUCAAGUCGCUUUCGCACGUAAAUCAAGAUGUUCGGAUCAUGAUGCGUUCGCUGAUGUGUGAUACUGUAUUUGAACUCAAAUAAACACAAAUGAUGCUCAAACUCA